AUGACUGUCGUCGAGUCGGUCAAGAACGCCGUGGGUCUUGGGGAGACCUCGGCUACCCGCAAGGAAAUGUCGGAGGCCCGUCUCCCUAUGCAAUAUCGCGACUCCUGCGCACACCUCCUCAUCCCGCUGAACCGCUGCCGGCAAGCCGAAUACUACCUUCCCUGGAAGUGCGAGGACGAGCGACACUCGUACGAGAAGUGCCAAUACGAGGAGUUCAAGAAGCGUGUGGCUAAGAUGGACGAGCUCCGCGCCUCCAAGGACGGCGCUCGCAGCAACUAA